AUGCCCUCUCUUGUGGUGAACAGCGAAGGUAUUGAAUUAUUCUACUAUGACACUGGCGUACCCGCCGUCUCUGAGCCUGGCAAGCCUUACAAGACGCUCUUCGUCGUGCACGGCAUGGGAUACAAUGGCCUGAUCUACAAGAAGGUGCAAGCCCUCGGCCUCGCCUCGGGCAUGCGCAUCGUAGCCAUAAAUCGCCGCGGCUACUCAGGCUCGACUCCCCUCUCUCCUGCCGAGCUCGCCGUAUCGGCCACGGGCGGCACGGAAGAUGCGAAAGAAGCAUUCAUCACCGCGCGUGGUUUGGAGAUGGCGAACUUCAUCGACAGAUUUGUCCAGCAGCAAAAUAUUCCCCCGAUUACUGAGGAUGGUAAGGGCGGCGGGGUGGGGCUGCUGGGGUGGUCUUCCGCUGUGCCCGUCGUUCUCUCUGCUGUCGCAAAUUUAGACAAGCUGCCGACUGACGUUCAAGAGCGUUUGGCCCGUUAUCUUCGUGCUCUGAUCCUAGAAGAGCCGCCGUCAAUGGCUGUCGGCCAGCCGCCCGCCGAAGGCAGCUGGAGCGUCUACGUCGACCCGACGAUCCCAGAGAAGGACAAGAACCAACUCCACACCCUCUGGGUCUCCGCGUACUUCACACACGGCGACCUUGCGGCGCGAGAUCCCGCGCUCCUUUCGCACUGCGCGCCGUCGCUGCACCGCCGGCCGAGCAUCUUCGGCUUCAGUGCUGACGACAAAGCGCAGAUCGUUGAGGCAACCUUCAUGGAAGGCCCACUGCUUUAUCAUGCACUGCCGCAGCAGCGCAAUGUCUACCGAAAGGCGUGCUUUGACCGCGCUGUGCGCGCGAGACUGCCGCGUAUGAAGGUGUGGGCGAUGGUGGGUGAUAGUACCGGAUCGUUUGCUAUCGGUGCGUGGUGGUCGAUGCAAGACGAUGACAAGGACAACGGGGGCGGUUUGAUCCAAUUCAAGGUAACACCAGGCGCAAAUCAUAUGAUCCAGUGGGACGACCCUGACAAGGCGGUGGCGAACUAUCUGGAAGCUAUGGCUUAG